UCUCACUCCAAAUCCACGUUGAGAAAGAGGAAGUCAUCGGGAUCACAAAAUACUCGAGAUCAGCGGUAGCAAAGUAGGUGAACAGGGACAAUUACUUGUCGGACGUCUGGUAGCAUAAGUCAACUGACUGAAAGCUCUUGCAGUGAUGCUCCCACCUCCUGCCUAGCUACACGAGCUAAGAUAUCACUUCUGAUUAAGUCCUGUGAGUGAACUGCUGCACGGACCGCUCCGCUGACACACAAGCAAAUGGAUGAGAAAGAGCUGAGUGAUCCCCUGAAUAACGUAUCCGUCAUUAAAGAUGACUUGACAAGGUCAAACAUGGGGUCCUCCGGUGACUCAGAAAAGAUUAUCCAGCGCUUGAAUGAUGAACUUCGAGAAGCCCAGGAGCGUGUUAAUACUGAGAAGCACAAAUGCAUGGAGCUACAAGGUAUCCUGGAGGAAGAGAGAAAAGAAAACAAACAACAAGCUGACAAAUCUGCAAAACAGAUAAAACUUCUUCAAGGCCAACUGCAGCAGCUCCAAGAUGAAAUGGGCGUCCUCAGAGAGCAGAUAGAUGUAUCUUCCAGUUCCCGCAACGAGCUACAAAGUGCACGUGAUGAGGCGAAGGCACUGAAACGUGCCCUGGAGGCAGCCGCUGCUGAGCGAGACCGCGACAUCGCUGCUAUCCAGACUAACCUGUCGGUGGCGUCGAAGGACCUGGACAAAUGGCGUCAGACUGCUAACAAAUACGAGCGUGAGAUCGACGACCUACAGCGUGACCUUCAGCAACAGAGCAAGCAGUGGCAGAAAACUGCAGAAAUACAAGCCAGUGAGCUGCAGUCCAUGCAGGUGGAGUGUAACAGCCUUCAAAAAGAGUGCUCUGUCCUGCGAUCUGAAAAACAAGACAUUGUCAAUAAUCACCAGAAGGAAAGGAGCAGCCUGCAAAGUGAGUGUGCUUCCCUCAGGGCUGAGAAGGAGGAACUCCUCAAGACUCACCAGAAAGAGAAGGGCAACCUGCAGAGUGAAUGUGCAGCACUGCGCUCUGAGAAAGAGGCAGUGCUGCAGAAACAGAAGCAGUUGGAGAAGGACCUUGCCAGUUCGCGUGCCCAGAAUGCUGAGCUGAGCAAUAGCCUCAAAGCCCUGGAGAGAUCCCAGCAGGAGUUGGAGAAGAGACUCUCGGCACUGCAGCUUCAGCAUCAGCAGGAUAGCACCAAGCUGCAAACCCAGCUGGAUGAAGCGGACAGCCGCAGUAAGACUCUGCAGAGAGAGUGUGAGGAGGCUAAGACGGAGCUGUCAGACCUAAAGGAGAAAUAUGAGAAGACCGAGCAGGAAAAACAGUCGCUCACAGACGAACUUGAGGAGUGCAAAGCCAACAUGAGGGAAUUACAGGAGAAGGGAACAAAGACAUCCCUAUUGCUGCCUGUUCAAGCCAUAGUCAUCGGCCUUAUCCUGGCUUUGCUGUAUUGGUGCUUCGGCGCAUUGUGGUAGUAAGAAGCCUUGGAUGAUCUGGGGGCCGGUGGUUGCUGUGGCUCUAACAGCUGUGACUGCUGCUGUGCUCUUCAGGACCUGAGGGCGACAAGCUCGCUGGCAUACACACACACACACACACACACACACACACACACACAAAUCCAUAAAUCCAUAACUCCAUAUUUGUCAUCAGAAUUCUCCGCACUUGCCCCCUUAUCAUAUCUGCACUAUUAAUUAGGAGGGCUCAUACUUAACACUGUUUAAUCUUUAAGAUGCUCUAUUUUAGAUGACAGAGAGGUUAAUAAAAGAAUGUCAGUUUUGUCUGCAAAUGAUUAAGUUUGUAUGUCUGUUAUUUGAAGGAAGUUUUGUUUACUAUCGUGAUUUACGGGAUUAUCCAUUUAUGAAUGUAAAGAUAAUCAACACGCUUAAUUAGUUCUAAAUAUAUAUGAUGAUAUUUUAGAUGGAUCACCUGGAGUUUGAAGCUCCCUAACUGUAACACAUCUCUGUAACUGUCAGAAUAAUAAAUAUUGUCACAAUAAUGUAGCCCCUGAUCGAGUGCAUGGUGAAUGCCCCGGAUACAAAACAUGAGUGGAUGGUUGUUCUUUUAGGACAUUUUGGACACAGGACUUUAUUUUUGCAGUUUUUCUGCCAAACGUGAUUAAUAGUCCUGAAAGCUGUUUUUUCAUUUUGAUGACUGAAGUGAUACAGCCACAAUUUUAACUAUGUAAACUCUGGAAAGAUGUUUUUUCUUCAUUUAAAAUAAGCUUCCAUAGACAGUAAGUAUUAAAUUAGUUUUUUUUAGUCUACUUUUUUCUGCUUCUGCACCAGCUGCCAGCCAGAUCCAGUUGACAUCUUAGCAUCACUCAUUUACUAUUUCAGUAGUCAGUCAGGAAGCCAGUAUUACAUAACACAACACAGCAUAAUUUAAAUGCAUGCUAUUUAAUUUAGGGAUAUUGUAUCACAUCGUACCAUUAGUUACCACAAGAAACUGGUGUCAUACUUGAAAUGUUGUUUUUUUUAAACUGGAAUAACACUAAUCUGAAUUCCUAAAUAAGGUCAAACUUAAAUUUGAUAUUCAGAUUUUUCUGAUGAUUAUAUAUUUGCAUGCAUUAUAUGAUUUUGUGGAAAAUCUCAAUGUCUAUUAAUUUGCUGUAUUUAUGAACGUUUGCUCAGUCAAGUACAAAAUCCAUGUAUUUUGUAAAGAGAUGGGAAAUUCUAUAUUUUCUUGGGUUUAAAGUUAAUGAAUAACAGCUCUAAAA